UACGACACUGUUGUCAAUCGUAGCCAUCCUGUUGAGAAGUGCGUACCUGCAGUGCGUGGAUUUCAGCUAUGAUCUAGGUUUCGUAAAUAGCUGUAAUUAAAUGAGUGUUUUUGAUUUGUUUCGUGGGUUCUUCGGGGUCCCUGGAGGCCACCACCGGGGCAGAGGCGACCCCUUCUUUGAUGCCAUGACACAUGAUGAAGAUGACGAUGAUGAUGAAGAUGAAGAUGAAGAUGGGUUCUAUUAUGAUGGGUUCCGAGGAGAGCAGCAGGACCCCUUUGACAGUGCCUGGAGGUUUGGCUUCAGCUUUGGUCCGGACGGGAUGAGGAUCCAGGAACCUCCAGUGUUUGGACAGGUUUUCAAGGAGAUGGAGGAGAUAUUUUCUCAGCUGGGCCGCUGGGAGAGACAGGAGUCUGGACACUUCGGUGUUCCUAGUAUUAUGCCACCUCCACCACCUCACGGCAGAGCAGAACAGGAGGGCAGAGGAUCCAGUGGGAACCCCUUAAGAGACUUUAUGCUCAAAUCUCCUGACAGUAAUCCUCGAGGACCCCAUACAGUGCAGCCUAGAGAGCCCAGUAACGAUGGCGGCCCCUCCUAUGAGUCUCCAGAGUAUCCCAGUUCACGCUUUCACAGGUGGACUCCAUUUUCAAAGUAUAAUGAUAUUUGGAAACGAGGACCACAGAAAGAUCCAGCAGAAGAUCGCAAAGAAGACAGAGACCUGGACUCUGCAGUGUCCUCUGGAGGUCUGGACCAGAUUCUGACGCCACCUGCUGGUCAGGCACCAAAUCAGCCCAGGACCAGAUCCUACUAUAAGUCAGUCAGGGUCACCAAGGUGGUGAAACCUGAUGGGACUGUGGAAGAGCGCCGAACAGUUAGAGACGGUCAGGGGAACGAGGAGACCACGGUGACCCGGUCAGGAGGCCCCGGGACUCUGGAGGGUCCAGACCGUGAAGGUGGACCAGUUUUACCUGGUCAUCCACAUCCCUUUUCAGACAUGAGGGACGACGACUCAUUAUUCUCCAAGUUUUUUGGUGGGUUUAAAUAAAAAAGCGAAGUGAAGAAUCCUGUCAGGACCGGCUGAACAUCACAACCCAAGUGUCUCUAGAGCUGCCAGUUGGCAUAUUUAUAUUUAUAUAUAGAGAGAGAGGAUGUAGCCUUUAUUAAAUGUUUCCCCUUCUCUGUUUAUGGACUAAAUCCUUUCAUUUUGCCAAAACUUGUUGCAGCAAAAAUCAGGAUCAUUGGGCCUGUUGACAGCAUUAAGGUUCAGAGUAACUGCCACAAAAUGGAGACACUUCAGUCAGUAAACAAUCUGCUAUUUCAUAUUUUAUUUUUGUACUGUCCCGUAGACAGGCCUGUAUGAAUGUGAGUGUGAUGAGUCAAAUAAAGGAUAUUAAUAUAUUGACUU